AUAUGCCUAAUCCUCAGGUCUUUGAGGCAGUACUCCUUCCAGAGUCUACGUGAGAAAGGAUCCAUGCUUGACGCACCUGACCUUCAUAAUGACCUGGCCUUCCUCUUGCACAUGGCAGACCAGUACGACCCUCUGCUGGCCCAGCGCCUGUCUGUCUUUCUGUCGCCUGUCAGUGAGACUCGACUGCUGGAGGAAAGUCUGGAGCGGCGCUGGGGAGCUGAGCGCUUGAGAUCAAUGACCACGUGUGACCAGCAGGGCCGCUUUCUGCUGCAGCUCGUGGCUCUUCCUCACCUGCCACCGGCCCUGUUCACCCUCAGCCAGUUAGAGGUGUUGAAGCUGGAACUGAUUGGAGAUGCCAAACUCACAGCACAAAUAUCUAACAUGACCGCACUCAGGGAGAUGCACCUUUACCACUGCACUGCAUCAGUGGAGCCUGGAGCGCUGCAGCACCUUCAAGAACAUCUGGAGACUUUGCAUCUCACCUUCACUCAAGCUACCGAGAUCCCGGUCUGGGUUUAUUCCCUCCGCGGCCUUCAAGAGCUGCACCUGACCGGGAGGUUGAGCAGCGAGGGCGGGAUGGGGCGCGGCUGGGCCCUCGGCAGCCUCCGACAGCUACGUCACCUCCGUGUCUUGGUGCUGCGUGGAACGCUGCAGAAAGUCCCGGGGGAGCUGAGCGAAUUAGCGGGGAGUCUGCUAAAACUGGAGAUACACAAUGAGGGCACCAGGUUGUUGGUACUUACGGGACUGAGGCGCUUGACCGGACUGGCAGAGGUGCAGCUGCAAGGAUGCCAGUUGGAGAGGUUGCCAUCAGCUCUGCUGGCGCUUACAGGCCUACGCAGUUUAGACCUGCAACACAACAGUCUGCGUACUCUAGAGGAACUGUUGGGAUUGCAGCAUCUGCGCCGUCUGUCCUGUCUACGACUUGCAUGUAAUCACGUGUUGGCUCUGCCAGCCAGUGUAGGAGUGCUGCGCUCACUGGAGCUCUUGGAUUUGGCACACAACCAGCUGCAAAACCUACCGUCGGCUCUCUUCACGCUGCGCAAACUGAGACGCCUCCUCCUGGCCGGAAACCUUCUGGAAGAACUGCCGGCCGAGGUCGGAGCCCUGGUGCUCCUUAGCGAACUGGAUCUAAGCGCCAACAGGCUGGAACGCCUUCCCAAAGAGCUGUUUGGAAGUUGCGUAGAACUUCGCUGCUUGAAUGUCGCAAAUAACUCGCUGGGCUCUUUGCCGGCUGGUCUGGGCAGCCUGACUCAGCUGUCUCGUCUGGAUGUGCGGGGAAACAGUUUGGAGGAGCUGCCCGUUGAGCUGGGCUGCUGUUUUGGGCUCCGUGGAGGCGGUUUGCUGGCGGAAAACUGGCUGAUGCACACCCUACCUCGGCAGGUCAGGGACAUCCUGCAGCAGCCCAGCUCUUCAGAACCUCCAUCACGACCCAAUUCGGACUGCUUUCCUAACUUUUCAACUGCACAGUGGAGCUUCCACUCCGCACUGGAAUCUCGGAUAUAAAACAUCAGCUUCAAAGUGAACCUACAGACUCUGGGGCCUGUUAUUUUAUAAACAAUAUUUAACUACCCAUGUGAAAAAAAGAAGUACACUUUAGAAGUACUCCUUUACUUAAGGAAAUAAUUUACUUUAAAAGAAUAUACAUGAGUGUGAAAUGAAUGUGCACUUAGAAGAAAAGGAACCUAUAUGGAACCUUGAAGGAUUCUGUCAGGCGCAUCUGCCGCAUCAUAUUUGGAACCAUUUAUGGGGUCCUAUCAUAGGAUCAUUUUAUGGAUUAAUUUUUAUUUUAUUCAUUCAAUUUUUAAUUUUAA